GCCCGGGCCGGGCAUGGAAGUGGAGAAGAUGGAUGAGAAUGAAUGGAAGUACCACGGGGAAGGCAACCAGAGCCUCGUCGUCUCACACUGCCAGCGCUGUGUGGUGCUGCGGUUUCUGAAGUCCCCCCCCAACCAGAAUAAGACUCCAGAGGAAAUACUACACCAUCUGCAAAACAUUGUAGACUUUGGAAAACAUGUGAUGAAGCAGUUCUUUGGGGAGAACUACGUUCACCAUGGGGAAAUUAUUCAACUGCCUUUAGACUUUGUAAGACAGCUCUGUUUGAAAAUCCAGCCAGAGAGGCCAGAGUGUCGCUGUGACAAGGACAUGGACACGCUGAGCGGUUACGCGAUGUGCCUUCCCAACCUGACGCGGCUGCAGCCCUUCCGCUUCGCUGAGCACCGGCCCAUCCUCUGCAUCGAGAUCAAGCCAAAGUGUGGCUUCAUUCCUUUUUCCAGCCAUGUUUCACAGGAGAUAAAGCACAAGGUGUGUCGUUACUGUAUGCAUCAGCAUCUAAAGGUAGCCAAUGGAAAAUGGAAGCGACCAAGUAAAUACUGCCCAUUGGAUCUCUUCUCAGGAAAUAAACAAAGAAUGCACUUUGCUUUGAAGAGCUUAUUACAGGAGGCACAGAACAACUUGAAAAUAUUUAAGAAUGGGGAACUAAUUUAUGGCUGUAAGGAUGACCAGGACUGUGUCUCUGACUGGAACGAACUUGCUCGUCACUUAAAACCUUUCUUUUUCCCUUCCAACGGGCUGGUCAGCGGCCCCCACUGCACAAGGACAAUUGUUAAGGAAUUAAUCCACGUGAUAACCAUGGCGCUACUGAGUAGCACUGACACCUGCAGGGCAGGCGACAUGAAGACAGUUCCCAUUUCACAAGGGAGAAGCUACUGUGAAGCAAGUGCUUUUAAUAAGGAGCUAGUAAGAAAUGGUAAACAUAAAUUGGAAAGCUCUGGUUUACCGAGGGGUUGUCUCCUUUAUAAAACCCUUCAGGCUCAGAUGCUUGACAUGCUGGAUAUUGAAGGACUCUAUCCUUUGUACAGUAGAGUUGAACAGUACUUGGAGGAAUUUCCUGAAGAGAGAAGUACAUUACAGAUAGAUGGACCUUACAAUGAAGUGUUUUACGAGAAGCUGCUGGACCUUUCCCUGGAAGAUGAUGGGACAGUGGCAUUUGCAUUAACAAAGGUGCAGCAGUACAGAAUAGCAAUGACUGCUAAAGACUGCUCCAUCAUGAUUGCCCUUUCCCCCUGCCUGCAAGAUGAAUGCUCUGAGCAAAGACCUGUGGUACUGACAUCCAAAUCCAGAUUUACCUUCUCUGUUUCUGUGCUGGACCUGGACCUGAAGCCCUAUGAAAGCAUCCCCCACCAGUACAAACUCGAUGGUGAAAUAGUCAACUAUUACCUGAAGAAUGUACAGGCCAAAGAGGACCCAGUUAUGUCCAACCUCUUCAAGGAGAAUGAAGACUGCACAUUAGUUCUCCAUAAAGUGUAACCAUUCCCUUAAGGUUAUUUUUAUUCAAACACAUGAGGAAGAGAAAGAUUAUUGGAAUACAGUUAUGGUGAUUUUUUUUUCUUUUCUAUUGUGUUCAGUGCAUUUUUCAGCUGUGAAUGUUUUUGCUUUAUGAAAUUAUUUCUAAUGGGUAAUGCCUUCUCAGAGACCUGGGAUAGCACUAAGCCAAGUGUUUGCUAGAUAACCUUAAUGAAUGUAUUUAAUGUGACAGAACAGGUAACGUGCCAUACCUUGGAACUAGAGGACAGAUCAAAUUAAUAUGAAAAGUCUACUUCCUUAGAAUUGAAAAAGCACAGAAUUAAAGGUUUCCUGAUGUAUUGCACUAACAUAGAAAGCCUAAUUACUAACAAGAGAAUUGUCUUGGAGCCUGUGCUAGUCUCCCUCAUCCCUACUAAAGGAGGGAAUGCUCUGGUAAAACCUAUACAACACUUUAGCAUUAAUCCACUGAAAAUACAACCAUGCAGUGGCUGAUCUGUGGAACUGCCUUGGCACUGCAGAACAUUUAAGUACUAAUGCAUGGACUAGGAACACCAUGCUGCCUCCAGAAGUUGUGUGAUCACCUUGUAUCUACCUAAAGCUUCUGAGACAAAGUGCAAAGGGUUAAGGUAAGCAACCUGGAGUUUUACAUGAUAGUUGGGCUUACUUAACUCACCUGCCAUGCUGGUUUUUAUUGUCUCUGUACCUUAUAUGCUGCUAUUGGAGGUGAAACCACGGCUUGCUCUUGUCUAAUUUAAAUUGAGCU